UGAGAACCUUUAGAUCCUCAGAACAGGUUCUGAUCUGGAUCAGAUGUCCUCAUUAGAUGGUCUUGAGGACAGAUGCUGGUUUAGGUUCAGUCCAGACCUGACAGGAAGCCCAGUCUGACCUCAGGUGAACAGCAGCACCUGUACAUUCAUCAGCCUACACUUCCCAUGAUGCACCGCACUGUUAUUGUUCUGCAGCCAACAUGGCGGCGGACAGCUGCGUCUUCCACAGAACGCUGACCCGGUCCAGACCCGCUCCGAACAAGGCGUCCUCUCCAGUGGUCUGCAGGGAGUCYCUGCAUGUGGUGGACAUUCGUCGUUACAGCAGAGACCUGGCGUCCUCCGUCUUCUUCCCUCAGGCCGUCUUCAGUGGUGAUGACCUGUAUGACGUSACGCUGACGGACAGACACUGCCGCCUUCAGGUGACCCUGGACCCGGGUCUGAACCGGCUGGUGGAGAGGCGUGUCCUGAAGCCGGGGGCGGCCAUCUGCGGCGCUGCCUUUAGCCCCGCCCUGAGCGCCCAGCCCCCAGAAUGCCCUGGGGCCAGAGACAGCUACAGGCUGGUGAGCGUUCAGCUCAGAGACACAGGUCCUGAUGACGAGGACGAUGAAGAGGUUGGGAGGUCRGACUGGGACUCUCUGCCCUGGUUUGGAUCAGAACCGACAGGUCCUCUGGUUCCUCUCAGAGCCAAACACUGCAUGUUCCUUCCUCUGUGGAACAACGUGGACCACAGCGGCGAGGUGUGGAGGGAAGCCCCGCCCACUGACGACAGCGAGGAGGAGCAGGAGGAAGGGCGACGCCCGGGGGUGACGGUGUCURAGCUGCGGGACUUCUUCCUGUCGGGUCGGCACAGCGCCGUCCACCAUCAGCUGAUCGUACGCAUCGUCAACAAGUCUCACCUGAUGUAUUACGGGAGGCCGGACAGGAACUGUGAAUGCCCGUAUAAGACGGGCGAGGGGCGGACCUUCUGGAGUACCGGUGGCUGCGAUUGGAGGAUGGAAGCAGUGAUCAGCCAAUCAUGGUGAAGCUUUUCUCCACGUCUCAACCUGAAACACACCUGAGGCUCCACCCAC